AUGGCGGGGCUCACUCCCCGCGCCUCCAUCCACGCUAGCCCAGCCUUCCACGGGCGACCCCAUCGCGGCGCACCAAUCACUCCCGGCCCAGCCGUUACUGAUGACGCUGAGAUUCAGAGAUGCCCCUCGUUCUCGGCCCAUUUUCCUGUCCACCCGGUCUCGUCUGUGCGUCCGGGGCCACCUCCCUCUCCAAAUCGUGGCGGACACCACACCCUGAUGCGAGAGAACAAAGAUGCCCCCGCACCGAUCCACCUCGGAGAUGAGUGCCCUGCACUCACUCUCGCUAUCCCAACCCUUCCUAUCCGUGGAAUGCCGGCGGAACUCAAUUUUUUCGAGCUUCUGAUUCGGUGCACGCCGGUUGCGAUGCUGCGAACGGGACCGGUUGCCUAUCGGGGCCACCGUUCAGAUACUACACACACUAGUAUGGUCUAG